AUGGGAGUAUCAGACACUGGUUCCUCAACCACCCCUGACCUGCCUCUUCACGAUUCUGAACGUCCUGGCUCCGGCAGUGGAUUAGAUGACGAAGACAUCCCCAGAAGGAAGCAGAGACGUUAUAGAACUACCUUCACAAGCUAUCAACUUGAUGAAUUAGAGAAAGCAUUUGGAAGAACGCAUUACCCUGAUGUUUUUACCAGAGAGGAGUUAGCCUUAAAGAUCGGUCUUACGGAAGCUAGAAUACAGGUAUGGUUCCAAAACCGGCGUGCGAAGUGGAGGAAGCAAGAAAAGGUGGGGCCACACGCUCACCCGUACAGCGGGUAUUUGAACGGAGGGCAACCGCUGCCUACAUCAAGUCUACCUGUCCCGCCGCAUUCGCUUGGACAGCUCAGUUUUGGACUGAGGAAGCCGUUUGAUAGUGCUUUGGCUUCAUUUAGGUACGCAAAUUCACCACUAUUCGGAGCACAAUACCUACCACCACUAUCACGGCCCCCUUUGUUUGGAGCCCCACUAUACGCGACUUCCCCUGCGCAUUUUCACUCUCUCUUCGCUAAUUUAACCGUACCCGAACUUCCUCGCCUUUCACCCGAACAAUCCCAACUGUCGCCAGAAAUUGCCCGAUCGCCAGCCCCUUCCAUUUCUCCUCCCAUUUCCCCUGGUAGUGAAACAUUGCCUCCUCCUUCUGAAGAUGUAAGGAGUUCCAGUAUAGCAGCCUUAAGAUUAGCGGCUCGAGAACACGAAUUGAGAUUGGAGUUAUUAAGACAGAGGGCUGAUUUGAUCUGUUGAUAGUUGGAUAAUAUAAUAGUUACUGUUUAUUAGUUAAUAUAUUAAAUAAAAUGUAUACUAAAAUAAAUGUACUAAAUUUUUUUAUGUAUAUACAUUUGAACUAUAUUUGAUUACAGAUUGUCUAAAUUAUAUUUUAAGCUGGACUUCCUAUGGCACUUACAACAGAAAAUGCGCAUUGUAACUGCAUAGUAUAAUAAACUUAAUUCUUUUAUUUUUACAACUCACGGACAACAUAAAUUUUUAUGUGAUAUAUUUCAUAUGUAAAGAUUAAUGUGUCAAUAAAUAGUUAUUAGCUGUUACAACGAUAUCUCAAUUAUUGUAUAUCCUUAGUUAUUAUCAUUUGUAAUUAUUAUUUUUAAGUGCAUGUAAUGUAUAUAAGGUAACGAAUAAAACUAUAUUUAUAAA